UUUUUGUGCUUUCCUGGCAGCAUCAGCACCCCAGCUUCUUUCAUUUCCAGACAAACAGGCAAAGCUCUCUCCUCUCCUCCCUUCCUUCUCUCCCAUCUCCAGACAGCUCUCCUCUCUCUCUCUCUCUCGUUUUGCCGAUUCCGAAACCAAUCUGUUGUUUUCUUUUUCUCAUCAAGGAAGAGAGAAAGAGAUGCAAUCGGUGGUGUUGAACCCAACAUGCUACAGCAGGGCUCAACAAGGCCUGGACACCUCCUGCAGCUCUCCUCCCCCUCCUGCUAUUCUUUACAAGAGUGGUUCGAGCUUUUUUGGUACCCAUUCGAGGAGCCCCAGUCACCUGCGGCGAGGCAUACCUUGCCGUUCCUUGCGAAUUCGAUUGCCUUCUUUCACACGGAGGAGGCCAGUUGUUAAGGCUGUUGCUACUCCAGAUUCAGCGGUAGAAUUGCCGUUAACUGCAGACAACGUUGAGAGUGUAUUGGAUGAGGUUAGACCUUACCUGAUUUCAGAUGGUGGUAAUGUGGCAUUACAUGAGAUUGAUGGAAAUGUUGUUAGAUUGAAAUUACAAGGAGCAUGUAGUUCUUGUUCUGCUUCUGUUAUGACGAUGAAGAUGGGUAUCGAGCGUCGCGUAAUGGAAAUGAUUCCUGAGAUAGUUGCAGUAGAAGCUGUAGCGGAUGAAGAAACUGGGCUUGAGCUGAACGGAGAGAAUAUAGAGAAGGUACUGGAAGAAAUAAGGCCAUACCUUGUUGGGGCAGCAGGAGGAUCCCUUGAAUUAGUGGCAAUUGAGGAACCAAUAGUUAAAGUCCGAUUAACAGGGCCAGCAGCUGGGGUCAUGACUGUACGAGUGGCUGUCACCCAGAAAUUACGCGAGAAAAUUCCGGCCAUUGCUGCAGUUCAACUCCUAUGAUACACUUUCAGAUUUCUAGUCCAGAGCAUGAGAUUAUCAAAUAAAAGGAGUCAUUGAACUCUUAAUACCUGUAUAAAUACCACAUUAGAUUGUGUACAGUGUAGAAAGAUGCAGUCGUUGGAUACUGAUAUUUUGAAAAUCCAAUUUGAGGAAAUUGAAAUUGCAAAUCAUUUUGUAUUCACACAACCA